AACAGGGGUAGCUGAGUCUCAUUCCCGGCCUGAAAUCUCCACAUCAUUAACUUGAUGUUGAAUGAGUGCUGACAGUUACUUACUCAGCUGAACAUGGAAUGUACCUAAGACGCCAGAAGAAAAUGAAGUAAUGCAGUUUUUCAGCGGUUUGUUAUUUUAAAAAAACAAAUAACUUUGAAACGGAGGCGGCGACUGCUAAGUAUAUUGAAACCUCUCGUAUUUUCUCCGGGUGCAAUGUCCUAUUUGAAAUCUCCAGGCAGGGAGCUUGAGCGUUUUGAUGGACUGUCUCUCAUCUACUGGACACUAAUGGGGCCCUAUGGAGUGGAUCGAGCUGUUCAUGCCUUGGACUUCACCGACUGUGAAAAUGGAUUAGGAAUUAAAGUUAUUGGAGGAGUGAAGGAAUUAACUGGAGAAGAAUAUGGUGUUUAUGUGAAAAGGAUCUUACCUGGUGGACUUGCUUCAGGUGAUGGGCAUCUUCAGCCUGGAGACCAAAUCUUGGAAGUGAAUGGGGAGAGUUUAAUUGGAGUGACAAGCGAAAAGGCGGUGGACAUCCUCAGAGCUGCAUCAGCUACCAAUCACAUGCGCCUUCAUAUUGCCAGGGAUGAAGAAGCGAGGAGAGAAUUUGCUGAACUGCUAGAAAAAUAUGGCUCCAAUAGCAACACUGGUUCGGCCCGAAGUUCCCCAAUUCAGCAUGCAGGCAGAUACUUGGACAGCACGUCUUCGGGGUCCUCGUCCCGGUCGCAGAGCCCGCUCCUCCUGAGCCCCGCCGGCUCUCAGAGCGGCCCGCUGCUGCGCUCCCUCAGUCACCCCGGUGAAGGAGUUAUUCAGCUGAUCUCAGUGUCGAGAUCCUCAGGCCUGGGCAUCACCAUCGGCGGAGGCUCAAACAGACCUGAUGGGCCUGCUGUCUUCAUACAGGAAAUCCUGUCGGGGGGAGAUUGCCAUAAGGAUGGCAGGCUGAGACCAGGGGAUCAGCUGAUUGCCAUGAAUAAGGAGUCAUUAAUAGGUGUGACACAUGAAGAGGCCAAGAGCACACUGAACAAAGUGAAAUUCAGGCAAGAAGGAACUGUGGAAAUAGCUUUUAUUCCUGGAAAAGGGUCCUUAUCCAGCAGUAAUUCCAUGCAUAAUGGUGUUCAGAGGAAUGCAGGGAAUGGAUACAGCUCCAGUCGAUUGAGAGUCCAUGUGAGAUCUCCUGAGACCCGACAGGAAGAUCCACUGUCUGUGCCUUCAUCAUCGCCUGACUCCUGUGCCCCAGACAUACAUGUUUCAGGGUCAGCUCCAUCACCGAAGGAAGCUGCGUUAGCAAAACCAAAGGUGUCUCUUGACCCACAUGUUCGUUUGAAGACUGAAAAAUUAGAUCUGGCGCUAAUAUAUCUGGGACUAGACGUUCCAGAAGAGGGAAGGAGAAAGUUAAGACAGAGCCUGACAACAGAUCCGCAGGGAACAGUGGCCUUCGGAGAUUUCGUGGAAGCCACCAGAGAUGUUCUUCAGGAUAAACUUGAGGAAGCGGGUCUGGCUCAGGGGCCGUUUCUCUUCUCUUACCACGAGGCAGCGAGUCUGAUGGACACGUCAGCCUUCCAUUCGCCUACAUAUGAUUCAGAAAGGCCAUGCAGCACAGACAACCUGGAACAGUUUCAGUCUGAGGUUGCACAGCUUCAGCAGCAAAUGAAACAAUUAAAGGUGUUACUGAAGGACACAGAGCACAGCAAGAACACACUGCAGGAGGAGCUCCAGAGGACCACAGAGAAAGCAUCUGCUACGAUUGCUGAGAAUGAGAAUUUGAAAAGCAAGCUGCAAGUAGCUGAGGCAGUUCAGCAGCAGACAAACAGUGCAGAGCAAGACUAUGAAGAAGUGAUCCGACUGCUUGAAGCAGAGAUCAGAGACUUGAAAAACGAGCUUGCUGGAAAAAGGCAGAAGAAAGGCUUAGAAGCGACAAAAGAAGAUGUAAUUGAACUGAAGAGACGACUAUCAAUGAUUGAUUGUCGGCUGCGAAAAUCUGAGCUCACCCGAAAACAUCUAGAAAUUUCCAAUAAAAAGCUUCUGGGAUUUGCGCAGAAUGUUCACAAAGUGCUGACGUCCUCCAGCCUUUUUGGGAGUGAAAAUGGGAUCAAUACCAAAUUACCCGAUGCACAAGCCGGAGGUGGCCUUGACUUUCCCGAUCCUGCGGGUCUCCUGGCAGCCGAAGCAAAGCUGCUGGUUGACUGUGUGUACUCCUUCAGCACUGACGACAUGUUACAGAUUGGUCGGGAGAAGAGCAGCACAGCAGAAAGCACAAAUUAUUCAGCUGAAACACGUGAAAGGUGUUCACACUGAAAACAGAAACUGGAGUCUUUCACCCAGCUCAGAACAGUUGCAGCACACAGCAGCUGUGAUCAUCAUGACUUGGAACUCCUGGAAAAGACAAAAGUGAAAGAUGUGAGGAACAACUCAAAAUGCAACGAAAAGAUUCUGAAGAAAUCCUCUGAAAAAGUUUAUUCAAGGACCUUUAAUAUUUUAGAAGAUGAGAGUGUACAACUGUUGCUUGGCAGCUUUAUGAACUGUUACAUUAGUGGAGGCUCCAGUUGAUCACUGCUUUAUCGAUAUGUCACUAACAGCAACAAAACAAAUUGAUUUCAUGUUUACAUUUAACAGUAACUAGCCGUUUAAAUGGAAUGAUCUGCAUUAGUAAGAUGGAAUUGAAGUGUAGGCAUGUGCAGUAACAGUCUCCAUCAGAAUGUCCUAGCAAGACAGGACAAAGAAAGGAAGAGUAAAUCAUCUGAAACCAGUGAAAACACCUGAAGGACCUCUAUUGCCUGAAAAGAUAUAUUGCAAAAGAACAUACUGUGUUUAUGCGUUAUUUGACAAGAAUCAUUCUGUAUAUACCAUACAACGUUUUAGUAUUUUUUAUUUUGCCAAUAUGUCAGUACAUUAGUGCAUUCUGGUAUUUAUUUCAGAAUCAGUGCAUUGCUGGUGAUUCUAGAAGGAGGUCAUUAAAUGACCUGGAUAAAUAAAAAAUGCUUCAAUGUUUGAAUAAUUGCACAUCUGUAUUUAUUUAAUCUAUUAAAUGCUCUGAGAUAUCAGAGAUUUUAUAUAACUAGCAUCCAGUCUUUUAUUAAAAAUGACCUGUUGACAAGUUCAGUCAUCAAGAGAUAAACAGUUACUAUUGUAAACCUUAUAAUCCUCACAACCUGAAUUUAUUAUCACAUUUUUGCUUUUAGGGUUACACAAAACACAGGAUUAGUACAGUAUUUUCCAAUGUCAUGGUAAAACAGAAAAGCAACUGUGUCCUGUUGUACAGUAUAUAGGAUGUCCUUUAAACAGGGCUUCCUGUAUGGUGUGAUACAACUUGUACAUUGUAUUUUAGAAUGUGUGCAAUAACCCAGUUUAUCACCCUGGCAUAGCCUGUUCAAGACAUCAUGCGAAAGGCUGAAGCACCUGUGUUUUACUAGAACCACAACACUGUGACUCAUACUGUAAU